AUGAAGAAGAAUAUUAUGGAGCAGGAAACCAGUAAGGUCAUCACUGAGAAGCAGGGCAUCGUCACGAUUCUUGGCCCGUCUGACUCCGAAAGAACCAAAGCAGCUUCCCUGCGACGAACACUGUCCGCAGACAUGUCCUCCAAGAGAUGGCUGGCUCAACAUGGUUUCUUCCCCAUGAAAAAGAUUGCAUCCUCUGAAGAACUCUCCGCCUCCAUCGAUACGCAGGACAACACUUCUUCAUCGUCAGAAGACGAAGAUCGUUACCAAGAAAGGAAGGGGAAGUUCCUUAUUUGGAGCUCACUUGAUGAAGAAGAUCAAAAGAAGAAGAUGAGCAAAGCCGAGGCUGAGAAGAAGCAGCAGGGACAACUCGAUCUGUGGAGCUCAAUUAUAUGUCAAAAGGCCAAUGAAGAGGGCCACAAGGCAGUUGAUACAGCAGCACCUUAUGUUCAUCCUCUUGUGAAGAAACAAUCAAGCGCUUUGACUGUAAAGAGCCUUGAAGUGUGCACUGAGAGUCUCGGAUCGGAGACUGGCUCUGAAGGGUUUUCAUUGUACCCGCCUUCGGAGACUGGUGACAUAGAAGUACUGGACAAAGAACAGGAAGAAGAUCGAGCUGAGGUUCCACGACAACAGGAAGAAGAAAAAGAAAAAGUACCGGUGGCACAAGCAUUUGACGGGGAAGAAUUUCGAGUUGUCAAGUACAACUCUGCUGCCAGUAAGAAGUUGCCUCCAACUCGAUCAUUCCCUCCGCCCCUUCCUUCUUUGUCAGGAUGUGACGGGACAUCUGUUCGCAUGAGGACUCAUCGCAACAACGGACGAGUAGUCCUUGAAGCUGUGUCCAUGCCUUCACCAAAUAACUUCCGUGCCCAACGCCAAGAUGGUCGCCUUGUCCUCACUUUUCUUGCUACUACUCCAAGCUCUUGUGAGGUGACUGAGAGUGAAGAGGUUGUUGAUAAAGAAGAGCAAAGUAGAGAGGAAGACUUUGAGGAGAAUUUUGUGAACUUUCAGGAAGGAGGGGAGGAAAAAGAAAGUGAAAAAAGUGAUGAUGACGAUGAUGGUGAUGAUGAUGAUGAGGAGGAGAAAGCAACAAAAGAAAAUGGAAUCAAAGAAAUAGAAAUUGUGAUGGAGGAAGCACCAAAAGUGCUAACAAGUAGGGUGACAAAUGUUCAUAGGCUAGCACUAAUGAUGAAUAAGCCCAUUGGGUUUGCUAAUAAGACUCAUGGGUGGGCUAACAAGUUCAAUGAAGUAGUGAAGUAUGGAGGGGAUGAUGAGGAGGCGGAAGUAGUGGAGCCGACCCCACUAGCAAAGUCACUCCCACCCCGGCCCGGCCGGGUGGCACGGUUGAUACCAAAGCCACCCGCGGCAGCAAAAACAGCGGCAGCAGCAGGCUCUUUCAACGCUUACGAGUACUAUUGGCGCACCAAGCCCACAGCAACAGCGGCUCUUAAUCCUCUUCCACAAGCAACGUCCCAAUCCCUCAAGAGCAAUGGCUUUGUGUCCAAGAAUCAAGUGGCAAAUGAUCAGCAACAAUUGCUCGUUUUGAGAGGGAACAAAGGGGAUCACUUGGCUCCUUUUUCAAAGGGUUGCAAAGAGCCUAGAAGGUCUCUUCUUUUUUGGGAGCCUUAUUGCAUUGCCACCUCUUGA